ACCUGACAACACCCAAAUCCUCUCACCAGUCCAACCCUAAACAACCCCAGACAUUACCAUGUCUGGCUCCUGCUGUGGCUCCUGCUGCUCCUCCUCAGGCUGUGGGGGAGGCUGCUGCCAGCCCUGCUGCCAGCCCUGCUGCUGCCGCGACCCCUGCUGCUGCCGCCCCGUGUCCUGCCAGACCACCGUGUGCCGCCCCGUGACCUGCACCUGCCGCUGCACACGCCCCAUCUGUGAGCCCUGCCACCGCCCCGUCUGCUGUGACCCCUGUGGCCUGCAGGAGGGCUGCUGCCGCCCCAUCAGCUGCUGCCCCACGUCCUGCACGGCCGUGGUCUGCCGCCCCUGCUGCUGGGCCUCCACCUGCUGCCAGCCCAUCUCUGUGCAGGUGCCCUGCUGCCGCCCCCCCUGCUGCCAGCCUGCCCCCUGCCGCACCACCUGCAGGACCUCCCCCUGCUGCUGAGAUUCCCACUAUCCGCAUAGAGCAACACACUGGAGCCUAAGCACCUAUUCUGCAUUUUAAGAAAGUAGAAAGAAAAACAGGUAUUUUUCAUAAGGUGACAAUAGUCAUUUUUACAUCCUACCAUUUGGAUAUACAAGCAGAUGUCCACAACAGCAGAAGACACUAUGGGUGGUAAAUCUCUCUUCAAAACCCCUCAGAGUAGACUUUGCAAACCCAUCCUGAACUCUGAGGACUGCUCAAACC